AUGACAUCCGAAACUCAUAGAGUCGCCUUUUUGACGUCCGCCCAGGAGGCGACUGUCAAACCAACCUUUGAGAUCAAGAAUGUCUCACGCCCAGUGCCAGGGCCCAACGAGAUUCUCGUCCGUCUCUCAGUCACCAGUUUAUGUGGCUCGGACUUGGGCAUGGCACAAGGCCACAUGGGUCCCGUAGGAAGUAUCCUCGGCCAUGAAGGCGUGGGCAGGAUCGCAGAGCUUGGCUCCAACGUUGCGAAUCUUGACUCGUCUGUUCAAAUUGGGCAGCGUGUAGGAGUAGCUUGGACUCGAGAUAUUUGCGGUACGUGCAAUAUGUGUGUCGACCUUGUCAAUGAGGGUGAGACGAGAUGCGUUGAGGCUUUGCACUCCGGCAAGGCCUACGAUGGUACUUUUGCCGAGUAUACGCUUGUGCCUUUGAGAUAUCUGGCUCGCAUACCGGAUACUUUCCAUGACGUCCCAGAUGAAGAGAUUGCACCUAUCCUUUGCGGAGGAGUUACGGCUUAUAAAGCCAUCAAAGGUUGCAACAUCACACCUGGGCAGUGGCUCGUCGUGUCGGGCGCCGGUGGUGGUGUAGGUGCUUUGGCUGUCGCUUUCGCUCAUGCAAUGGGGUACCGAGUAAUCGCCGUGGAUGCAGGCGCCUCCAAAGAAAGUUAUUGCAAGUCCCAAGGCGCAGAGCAUUAUGUCGAUGUCACAUCUAGAGAAGAUGCUGGACAACAAGUCAAGGCUCUGACGGAUGGUCAAGGCGCCAAGGCCGUUGUAGUCACCGCAACAGCAGCAGCUGCUUAUCAGAAGGCUUUCGACAUGCUUGGUCCGUUUGGCACUUUUAUGAGUGUAUCACUUCUACCGGAGGAGGCCAAGAUUGCAUUCCACCCGACUUGGUUUAUCGAUAAUGGAUGGACCAUUAAAGGCUCAUCCGUCGGCACGAGGGCUGAUAUUCUUGAGGCUUUGCAGUUUGUAAAGAGGAGAUUGGUGAUCCCCCAGAUCAAGUGGGCGGAACUUGAGGAUAUCGAGAGUCUGAUGGAGAAAAUGUCUCAAGGCCAGCUGGAGGGAAAAUACGUCAUGAGGUUGUGA